AUGCUGGGGGCGAGGGACACAGCAGGGAUGCCGUUCUUGAAAACACCACUCCCACGCCCACAAAACACCACUCCCACGCCCACAAAACAGCACUCCCACGCCCACAAAACACCACUCCCACGCCCACAAAACAGCACUCCCACGCCCACAAAACACCACUCCCACGCCCACAAAACACCACUCCCACGCCCACAAAACACCACUCCCACGCCCACAAAACACCACUCCCACGCCCACAAAACACCACUCCCACGCCCACAAAACACCACUCCCACGCCCACAAAACACCACUCCCACGCCCACAAAACACCACUCCCACGCCCACAAAACACCACUCCCACGCCCACAAAACACCACUCCCACGCCCACAAAACACCACUCCCACGCCCACAAAACACCACUCCCACGCCCACAAAACACCACUCCCACGCCCACAAAACACCACUCCCACGCCCACAAAACACCACUCCCACGCCCACAAAACACCACUCCCACGCCCACAAAACACCACUCCCACGCCCACAAAACACCACUCCCACGCCCACAAAACACCACUCCCACGCCCACAAAACACCACUCCCACGCCCACAAAACACCACUCCCACGCCCACAAAACACCACUCCCACGCCCACAAAACACCACUCCCACGCCUACAAAACACCACUCCCACGCCUACAAAACACCACUCCCACGCCCACAAAACACCACUCCCACGCCCACAAAACACCACUCCCACGCCCACAAAACACCACUCCCACGCCCACAAACCUCCCCCCCCCCGGUCCCGAGGCGACACCUGCUGCCCCCAGCAAUGA